UACAAGACAACCUUAGAGAAAUACUUUGCUAAUCAUACUUUUCUACCGACGGGACUUCCGGACCGUAAGGGAUAUGGACACUUGCCAAUACUAAACUUCCCACCAUUAGCAGACUAUCAAAUGAGUCCCAAUUACGUCAACAUGCGUCAGUUUAUUGUUCUUCACGCAGUCGUUGCCAAGAUUGCAGAGAGCAGGGAACCAACUUCGCCAUCCGGAGAUCGAACUGGCGAAGACUCUAGUAUUUUAUAUAUAUUUUACUAUCAUAGUAUGAGAAGCAAUUUUGCCAUCUUCACGUCUGCCUUCUUGGCUUCCAUUAUCCAGCUCUGCAGAAAGGAGAGACUGAGGUCCAGUUACGGCUAGUUGAUGUCGCAGUUUCAAGCUAUCGUAGGUAAACAGUGCAGUCGCCGCCUAACGACGGGUAGCAGUUCAGUGCUCUCUAGACAAACAUCGCUUUUACAAGAACCACCAGCUUGUGUUGAUUUUGAUCCGGAAAGGCACUCAGAUAACGAGCUGUUGUACAGAUUGACUGCUGUACUAGCAUUACAGAAUUUGUAUUCAGAAAAAAUCAAAGAAAACAGAGAAUUAAAAAGUCGACUGCAAAUGCAUGAGAUACGUUCUAGUCGACUAAGAGAAGAAUCUCAAGAGGAGAAUUCUCGAUCACUCUCUGCUGAUGAUGCCAGAAGUGACGGAGAUUGUCUCUUUCCUAAAUUGUACCAAAACUUACAAUUUCAAUUGAGCGAACAAGCUAAAGUCAUUGCUCAUGUUGAGGGAAUGACUGCAUCAGGGCUAGCAAAGCGAUAUUGUGAAUUAAAAGAAGAGCAUCGACAUCAACAGAUGGUAAUCAAAGAGUUGAUGCAGGAACGUAAAACUUGGCGAGAGGCGCGGUCACCUCUUGAUGAAGAUGAUGAAGCAAUAGAGAGAACGGUUUUCGAAAAAAAUAAGCUGACGACCCUAACUAGAGAACUAAGUUUACAACUGCGAGAACGGACACGCGAGAUCGACAAACUACGUUGUAAACUAGACGUUGAGAGAUACGGACGUAAGGAGGCGCAACUGCAGCUCGGCUAUCUAUUGAACGAAUUCGUUCAGUGCUGCCUACAGAUACCUCAUGUGACUAACGAUCCCAACCUAGAAAGAGUUCUAGAAGAGCUGCGAACAAAAUGCGAACAUUUGCCUGAGUUUGGUCUUCAACUGGCAGCUGCCAUCGAUGUAUUCCACGACGUUCCCACUGUCGUUGAAUUUCUUCAGAUUAAGGAUUCAGAAUCUAUUGACGUUGCCGAGCUGUCACUAGCUCAAGUUAGAGACAAAAUAACGGAACUUCAGGCAAACGAGAAACGGCUGAGACGCGAGGCAAGAACCCAAAUCAUUGACCAGAUGAGAAAGCGAAAACAAGGGUCCGCAAAAAUCAAAGACUUGGAAGAAAGACUAGACAAAUGUGAGGCUGAAAAGAGAUUAAACGAGGAACGACUGAACGAUGAGAACCACAAACUACGACGCGAGCUGGAUGAGCAUCGCCGUACCUUGGGAAAUCGAAGUUCAUACGCGGCGGCGGCGGCUCAGUCUGUGAGAGCAUUAGUGGAGCUCGUCGAAGAACAGAAAAUGGAGCUGAAAGCUGGAGGAGAAAAUCUGCGCACAAAGGUCCUAUGUCUUCAAAAGACCGUAGACGAAUUACAACGUGACAAAAACGAACUUGAAUGCAAUGUUGACCACCUCAGAGCUACGGCACUAGAAGAGGCAACUGCAAAAGUAAAGGAAGAUUUGGAUAUGUUAAGGUUAGAAUGUGGCAGACUACAGAGUGAUAGGAAAUCGUUGGAAGAACGGCUGGAGGUACUACAAGAGACAAAGAAACGGGACAGCAUCAACAACCGGUCCCUGUCUGAAACAGUGGAACGGUUGGAGCGUCAGGUAUACAGCAAGAUGUUGCAUAGAAGUGCAUGCAGCGUACUCGGACAGCGUUAUAGUAUACUUUACUGCAUGUGUGUCUUACGUAGAUUAAAGAACAUCAGUCUGAGAUGGUAGCGAUCCGGAAAGUUAAUGCAUCACUAUCUGAAGCUAAAGAGAGGGCAGAGACAGAACUUGAGGCCCUAAAGAAACGUUCACAUAUUGUACUCGGCGAACAACAGAAUCCUGUGUCAGUGCUGCCCGCGGAUUCAUCUGGAAUCGGUUCACAUCAGUCCACUGGCAGCCUACAUUCUCAAGUGGGUUUUCACAGCCUUGCUCAAUCACAGUUUCUGCCUGACUCUGUAGAGCCAAACCAUCUUGUUCCUCGUACCUCAACAGCUGAUGAUGUAAUGACUCAGUCUCUACCCCCAACGCUGCACAGCCUUGCUCCGUAUCAACGGCCUUCUACAAUGAAUUACCCAAACGAAGAAAGGCUCAAACGCAUAGAAUCUCAAAGACGGUCGUCUCUGCAAAGCAGAGAAGGCGAAACAGCUGCCACAAAUGCUGCCACCGGCAUUCGUGUAGACUCCGGUCUUAGUCAUGGAGUGAGUGACAUCAGGCGCGAUGUCAUGUACACGAGAAGUCCCGUAUCUGUUGGCAGAUCCUUGUACACGUACAGUCUUCCUACUCGAAAGUCAAUGCAAUGUCUUAGAUGUAAUUCGUCGUUUUCCGUUGACGACCUCGACAAGUACGAAAAGCAUAUCAAAGAAUGUUACUCCGACGUUCAAUAAACGAGCAGCAAUGUGAUGUGAAAACUAAUCAUUUACUCAUAGUUUAUAAUAUAGAUAUACGCUGAUUAUGUCUGACCAAUAGGUUUGCUAAACUUUGUAUAGCUUCAACUUACUAUCUCCGGUAUAUUGCAAUUGCCCACGAGUUUAGAAACUGCUUAGAACGACUAUAUAUUUUGGUAUAUAGAAUUACGUAUAUAGUAUAGUUGUAUACUGUUAGAUAGAUAAUAAGGUUGCUCAGCUACGUAGUUCACGAAGACUUGUAACAUACAAGUAGU